GUUCGACCGGAUUCUUGUUCAUAAAAACUUUCAGUUUGCGCUCAAUAUUCAGCUGUAGUGCGUCCGGAGCCUGGUUUAUGAGAAGGUUUUAAGGAAUUGCAACAGAUCGGGGAUGAACUGGGCCGGACUGCAGCUCCUCCUCAGCGGGGCGAACCAGUACUCCACCGGUUUUGGUCGUGUUUGGCUCUCCAUGGUGUUUGUGUUCAGGGUGUUGGUGUUCUCUGUGGCCGCCCAGCGCGUUUGGGGUGACGACUCCAAAGACUUUGUGUGCAACACAAGGCAGCCUGGCUGCACCAACGUCUGCUACGACAGCAUCUUUCCCAUCUCCCAUGUCCGCCUCUGGGCUCUACAGCUCAUCUUCGUCACCUGCCCGUCCCUCCUGGUGGUUGCUCACGUCAAAUUAAGAGAAGAGAAAGACAAAAAAUAUGCGAAACUGCACGAGGGUGAACAUAUGUACGCUCGCCCGGGCAAAAAGCGAGGGGGCCUGUGGUGGACCUACAUGCUCAGCCUUUUCGCUAAAGCGGGAGUCGAUAGCACGUUUCUUUACAUCCUUUAUUCUAUCUACGAUGGCUUUGACAUGCCACGUCUCUCCAAGUGUUCUCUGGAGCCAUGUCCGAAUACAGUGGACUGUUUUAUCUCGCGGCCUACAGAAAAGAAAAUCUUCACGAUCUUUAUGGUGGUAACGGCUGCAUUUUGCAUCCUGAUGUGCGUAUGCGAAAUAUUCUAUCUGAUCGGAAAGAAAAUAUUUAAAAAAGUAAUGAAGCGAAAGCUUCUUGGAAGAGAGCCUGGCGGGAAUGAUGUGCCAGAUCACAGAAAUCCAAAAGAGAAUCGAAGAAUAGAUCCGACCCUCCCCAGUGUGGAAAACCUUAGCUUGCUUAAAGAAACAGAACCACCUGCUAAAAAAAGUGCCAUUUAGUUAGGGGGCACCGUUAUUAAUAAAAAAAAAUUUUUUAUUCUCACGGUGGUGUAGUGGUUAGCACUGUUGCCUUGCACCUCCAGGAUCUGGGUCCGAUUUCCGGCCAGACUCGAUUCCCGUCUCUGCGUGCAUGGAGUUUGCAUGUUCUCCCUGUGCUUGGUGGGUUUCCUCCGGGUACUCCGGUUUCCUCCUACAGUCCAAAGAUAUGUAGGUUAGGCUAAUUGGCGUUCCCAAAUAGCCCAUAGUGUGUGUAUGUGUGUGUGUGCCCUGUGAUGGAUUGGCACCCUGUCCAGGGUGUAUCCUGCCUCGUGCCCUAAGCCUCCUGAGAUAGGGUUCAGGUCCCCGCAACCCUGAAUACAGGAUAAAGCGGUAUAGAAGAUGAGUGAGUGAUUAAUCUCCUGACAUUAAUAAAUUACUAGAUUUGUAGUGGUGACAUUGAAGCUUGAAAAUAAGCAUUUUCACUAAUGAAACACUAAGUUUCUCCAACUAACAAGCAUGUUAAAAUUCAAAGUUACAGAACUUUCUUAUUUGGGAAGAAUGCUAGUCUGGUUAUUUAUAGUGUACAAGUGAAAUAUGCAUUUUUCUGUAGAUAUGCAUA